AUGGCUUCAGUCACGUCAUAUAAGUUCUACAAUCUUUAUUACAAUUCUUAGACACCUGUUCAGAUAAAGGAAUUUGGUGCCAUAAACAAGAUUGACUUCUCCCCAGUUUCUCCAUAUAACUAUGCUGUCACAGCCUCCUCAAGGAUCCACAUUUAUGGUCGUUACUCUCAGGAACCAAUCAAAACAUUUUCUCGCUUCAAAGAUGCUGCCUACUGUGCCACAUACAGAGAUGAUGGCAAACUGCUUGUUGCUGGCAGUGAAGAAGGUAGCAUUCGACUCUUUGAUAUCAGUGGAAGAGCACCACUGAGACAGUUUGAUGGUCAUACUAAAGCUGUUCAUGUAGUGGGCUUUCUGUCUGAUAAAUACCGAAUAUUUUCUGGUGGUGAUGAUUAUUCAUCAAAUUUGUGGGAUAUUCCCAGUGCUACAGAAAUUGUGUCAUACAGCGAGCAUACGGACUACGUGAGAUGUGGCUGUGCGAGUAAACUGAAUGCAGAUGUCUUUAUAACAGGUUCCUAUGAUCACACUGUGAAAGUAUUUGAUGCACGAACAAAAAAAAGUGUCAUGACAAUAGAACAUGGCCAGCCUGUGGAGAGUGUGCUUCUCUUCCCUUCUGGGGGGCUUCUAGUAUCUGCAGGAGGUCGAUAUGUCAAAGUUUGGGAUGUACUAAAAGGUGGACAAUUGCUAGUUUCACUUAAAAAUCACCAUAAAACUGUUACUUGUUUAUGCCUGAACAGCUCUGGACAAAGGUUACUGUCAGGAUCCCUGGACAGGCAUGUGAAGAUUUACAGUACAACUUCCUACAAAGUAGUCCACAGUUUUAACUAUGCAACAUCAAUCCUCAGUCUUGCGCUGUCGCCUGAAGAUGAAACCAUAGUUGUAGGCAUGACCAAUGGGGUGCUAAAUGUUAAACAUAGAAAACCCGAAGAAAGCAAAGAAAAGUCUCAAAAGAAGAGACAGCCAGCAUAUAGAACCUAUGUAAAAGGAAGAAAUUACAUGCCAAAACAGGAGGAUUUCUAUGUCAGUAAACCUGGAAAAUGUGUUUUGAGGAAGUAUGACAAGCUGCUGAAGAGCUUUCAGUCAUCCAAGGCCCUUGAUGCAGUACUGGAGCCCCACAUCAGGCUGUAUACUCCUGAAGUUACAGUUGCAGUCAUGCAGGAACUAAAUCGCAGAGGGACACUAAGGAGUGCGCUUGCUGGCCGAGACGAGAAGCAAAUUAGUCUCCUCCUUACCUUUGUGACAAGGCGUGUGAUUGAGCCUAGAUUUACUCCUGUACUGGUAACUGUUGCAGAUAUGAUCACUGACAUUUAUCAGCCUGUGGUUGGACAGUCAGCGCUUGUUGAUAAACAGUUCUUGAAACUCCAGGAAGCCAUAGGAAAAGAGAUUGACUAUCAAGAGGAACUACUAGAAGUUUUGGGAAUGAUGGAUGCGCUUUUUGCUACUUUGACUAAGAAAAGGGCUGCUUACCUAGAAGAGAACAAAAGUAAUGGUCUUACAAAGACUCUGGAACAAGAUAUGAAUAACUGACUUGACAACCAUCGCAACAAAUUGCUGCAAAGACUGCCUGGACUUGAAAUAUAUGACCUAUUCUCCUGGUAACUUUUUAUAACAGCAGCUUUCAAAACGUCCCUUCUCUGCAGAAGUUCUCUUGCAGAGUGUGUUUUUGAAGAGGCAGAAUUAUUGAAGACAGAGGAAAAAAAGGACUCUUUCAAGAUUUUUCCAUGUAAUAUUUUUUGAAUAACUGAAUUUUAAAGUUUUAUUCCAAAGCUAUUUAACUUUUAAAGAGUGUUUUGUGCACCCAAUACUACUAAGUCAUUAUUUGAUUUAGAGAAACAGUCAGCAACUUCCACUUUUUAUUCAUCAGAAAAUAAUAGAGGUUUGUCUAAUUUUAAUGUGUCAUCAGCCUUAUAUAAGAAUUGGUUAAUACCCAAUCUCAGGUACCUGGACACAGGAAUAAAACCAAGUGUAAGUUUGAUAUGACUUGACUGCAUUGUGUUUUCUCUCUCUGCUUAGUCUCCACCUCAGACUUUCAUGAAUUCAUAGGAAGCAACAAGAUGACUUAAGAAAACGGGUACACGUGAUUUUUUUUUUUAGUGCAAUAGAAGAAAUAUGCUCAUGUUUAUUUAAAAACUUGCCAGUUUCAUUUUUUAAAGAGUACAUAGACCUUGAUAUGAACUUAAUUCUCAAGAAAAUAGAUAAUUACUUAAGGGAAAUGAAAUGGGAAAUGAAUUCAAAUUAAAUUCACUUAGUGAAUAAACAAACUCCACAUCAAUGAGGAAAUCAUCAGUUAAAUAGAAUUGCUUUAUAUAUAUUGCCUAUAAUUUUUGUUGUACAGUAAAUGUAACACAAGCCUGCCUUGUUACCAGUAUGCGUUUGAGUGCUGGGGUAAUUGCAUGCUUAAUUUCAAGCAGCUCUGGAGUGAGAUAGUAUACUUUGGAAAGAGGUGUUGGGUGGCCUUCGGUAUACCCACGUGGGAAGACAGUAAGGUAAAACUUUCUUCUUAACCUGUUUCUGUGUUUUGUGUUUUCCCUAGGGCUGAAAUACGGUUGAGAUAUAAUAUGAUCUUCCUGCAAAAGGAACUUGCCCAGGUGUGGCAGUGAAAGAUGGUAGAAAUAACCUGAACAAUUCUUGCAAGCUCUGCAUAAAAUCUUAGCCGUCUUUGACUAAAAAUUGUGGAGCAGUAUCUGGUCAGCUCUUAAGUUAAUAUGUUAGCGGUAUACCUUCUCGGCUGCUGGGUUUUGCAGGUUAUGUUUUGAAGUCUUAGGGGGAUUGUAGAUAAUUGUAAUAGGGGGAUAGUAAGGUGCAAGUUCAUGAGAACUUACUUUCCUCACUGCUCGCUUUAUUAUUUUUAAUGUAUUUCUGUUAAUACACUUGAACUUUCUGAUGUCUUUUACCAAAUCAGCAUGUUACUUAACUAUGUAACCUAAUCAGGCAAAGUCUCUUAGGAGACUUCAAAACCAAGCUUCAGGGGUGGGUUGUGUUACCUUGCUGGAGUUCCUGUAUUCCAUGACCCUUCAGUACUUUUUGUAGUUGAAGGUGGAUAUUUCUGUUGGCAGCCUGGUAUUCCGCUACCUGAGGACCACUCAUCUUGACAUCAAAUGUAUGAUUAUCAUCAGUAAAAACUCAGACUACCUUUAGAUAGUCUCAUAGCAUGUAUCCAUUGUAGUGCCUUGGAGUUUGAUGUGUUGCUGGUGGAACCACAGAAAGAAAUUAAAUUAAAAUAGCAAUUAGUUUAUGAACUUACAGUAGCUUAGUUUAUUACAAGGUUUUCCAUUCAUAUUAUUCUACAAACUGAGCUUGCCAAGGUAGAACUGGCUGCAGGUGUGAUUUAUCAUCUAUACAAAUGGGAAUUUGAUAAAAGAAGAUGGAAAACCAAAUGUUAUUUAAGACCUCAGUUUCUGAGAAGACUACUAAAAUUGUAUUUUGGAGCCUCUUUUAUCCAACUGGCCCUACUGAUUUUUCUGGUACUUGAGUAGAAGAAGCCAGAUGUAUUAUGAGUUCUACCAGAUUCACUAUCUCUGUGUUGAUUGCUAGCAUUUGUUCAAGUGACACCUAGCCUGUUUGUCAAACUUGUCUGUUGUGUCCCUGCUCUUGUCUGUUAUGAAAAUUAUUCUUGAUUUCUUUCCUCAUGUAGUAAGACUUGUUUUUAUUAUACAAGUUUUUUUUUUCAGUACUUAAAUAAUUAAGUUACAGAGGAGUCGGACGAAGGCUUUGUUAUUGCCAGUGAGGCUCCUUUUGUUUAUGUUCUGAUUUUAUUUAACUAUGAUGUUAUUUUAAAAACUUCAAACAUCGACAUUGUAAUAGACUGCCAUUCAAUAAGACAGUGAAAAACAAAGUUUUUGUAAAUAACUUAGUUUGCAGUUGUUUCUGUGUGCUGGUAAAUGUUUAAAAUGCAUUAAUGCAGUGUCAGACGUAUAUUUUUGCUGUUUUGCAAGUAAGCCUAAAGUUCUUGUAGUUUAAUUAUUUUUCCAGAAGUUUGUUACCUUGUGCCCUGGAAUCUAACGUUCUUGAAGCAGUGAGAUGGAAUGGGAUGAACUGGAAUAGUUAAAAUUAAUUGUUCAUUGGAUUGAAAAUUGUUCAUUGGACUGAACCUGAGAAAAAAACUUCUUCAC